AGAAUAGGUGAGAUCAAAAGAGAACAAUCUAGAACAUAAGAUUUACUUCUGAUGUAAAUCCUCGCACCAGGAUGGAUGGGGAAUCUUACCACAAUGCAACUCCUGUCAACAGCACGCCAGUAAAUCACCAGCCUUUGGAACGCCAUGGCUUGUGGGAAGUCAUCACCAUCGCCUCUGUGACGGCUGUGGUAAGCCUGAUCACCAUUGUGGGCAACAUCUUAGUCAUGAUCUCCUUUAAAGUCAAUAGUCAGCUGAAGACAGUAAACAACUACUACUUGCUCAGCUUAGCCUGUGCAGAUCUCAUCAUUGGGAUCUUCUCUAUGAACCUGUACACCACCUACAUCCUCAUGGGGCGCUGGGCUCUUGGGAGCCUGGCUUGUGACCUUUGGCUUGCACUGGACUACGUGGCCAGCAAUGCUUCAGUCAUGAACCUUCUGGUGAUCAGCUUCGACCGUUACUUUUCUAUCACAAGACCUCUGACAUAUCGGGCCAAGCGGACCCCCAAAAGGGCUGGCUUUAUGAUUGGCUUGGCCUGGCUGAUCUCCUUCAUCCUCUGGGCUCCAGCAAUCCUCUGCUGGCAGUACUUAGUCGGAGAGCGGACGGUACCACCGGACGAAUGUCAGAUCCAGUUCCUCUCCGAGCCCACCAUCACCUUUGGCACUGCCAUUGCUGCCUUCUACAUCCCAGUUUCUGUCAUGACGAUCCUCUACUGCAGAAUCUACCGGGAAACAGAAAAGCGAACCAAGGACCUGGCUGACCUCCAGGGCUCUGACUCUGUGGCUGACGCAGAGAAGAGAAAGCCCACUCACAAGGCCCUCCUCAGGUCCUGCCUCAGCUGCCCACGCCCCAUGCUGGCCCAGAGGGAGAGGGACGAGGCCUCCUGGUCGUCCUCCCGCAGGAGCACCUCCACCCCUGCAAAGCCAGCCCAAGACACUGGCCCAAGCACUGAGUGGGCUAAAGAUGAGCAGCUCACCACCUGUGGCAGCUACCCAUCCUCUGAGGAUGAGGACAGGUCCACCAGUGACCCUGUCUUCCAAGUGGUCUACAAGAAUCAGGCCAAGGAAGACCCCAGGGAAGAAUUCAGUGCUGAAGAAACCAAGGAAACUUUGGUGAAAAGUCAAGCUGAGAAAAAUGACUAUGAUGCCCCCAAAUACUUCCUGUCUCCAGCUGCUGCUCAUAGACCCAAGAAUCAGAAAUGUGUGGCCUACAAGUUCCGACUGGUGGUAAAAGCUGACGGGACCCAGGAGACCAACAACAGCUGCCGCAAGGUGAAAAUCAUGCCCUGCUCCUUCCCAGUUUCCAAGGACCCUUCCACCAAAGGCCUUCACAACCUCAGCCACCAAAUGACCAAGCGCAAGAGGAUGGUUCUUGUCAAAGAGAGGAAGGCAGCCCAGACCCUGAGUGCUAUCCUCCUGGCCUUCAUCCUCACUUGGACCCCUUACAACAUCAUGGUCCUGGUUUCCACCUUCUGCGACAAGUGUGUCCCAGUCACCCUGUGGCACUUGGGCUACUGGUUGUGCUACGUCAAUAGUACCGUUAACCCCAUUUGCUACGCUCUCUGCAACAGAACCUUCAGGAAGACUUUUAAGAUGCUGCUCCUCUGCCGAUGGAAAAAGAAAAAAGUGGAAGAGAAGUUGUAUUGGCAAGGCAACAGCAAGCUCCCCUGA